UAAGAUAAAAGCCCCUAAUGCUAAUUCUCAAUGUGAAACUAAAACCACUGCUCCAACCCUGGCGAGAAGCCUUUCCGACGAGAAGUUUAGGCGCCCCUCGCGUGUGGUGUAAGUAGUUGGGUUCUAGCAAGUUAGUAAAUUUUAUUUCGACCACGUCCCUGUACAUUAUGAUUAUGCUUAACGCUAGAAACAUCAAAACUCUUUUUCGACAGCUGCAUUUCCUCCUGUACUAAGCAAAAAGCAGUAUUUUUCCCCCUGUGUAAAGAUGUCAGUUUAGAAAAAAUCAUCAUCAAGUCCCCACUUUGAGAAAAAAUUUCAAUUCAGAAAUAAAGUUCGUGUAGAAGUUUCUUUCGGUUUGCACCCACCCAAGCCAAACCAAAGAGCAGCUACAACUUCUCUUCAUCCAACAAGCCGCCACUGAUUUUUGCCGACUACUUGUUUUCCUCCACGGAGUUGGCGCCGACCUGAGUGUAAAACACGGCUCAUCUCGCCCAAGAAGUUAUGAACUCAUCUUCGCAUUUCGACACGGUGCGCGACGCCAUGCGCGGCGAAGGAAGCAGAAGUGGUAGGGGGAAUAAACCGGCGGAGGAGGGGGAUCGGUCCGGUGACAUGCCAUUGGAGAACAUGGCGUCGAAGUCGGUGGAGGAUUACAACUAUGGCGAUUUGCACCACCUUUCCGACGAGCAAGACGCGGAUCAGCAUUUUCCCUACGACGACGUUGAAGUUGCGGAUGAAACUACCAUACCCGGCUACGACGAGGAUGUAGAGCAACAUGCACACAUGAACAACCAUCCUCAAGACAUGCUCGGGAAACUGCCUGCAGGACGUUCCGGUCGCAACCCCAUGCUGCGUGUGGUGCAUUGUUCAACUUCAGGGCCUUCGUCCGAGUUUCCCGGUGCGCAACAACAAUCGGUACCCAGCAACACCGCGUCUUCCUCUUCUCCCAUGCCUCCGCCCCCACCAGCGAGCAGUCAGAUCUACCGCCGGGUGUCGGUUGGGGAGAGGGGGACGAAGAACCAUCAGGCGUCAACGACGUCGCCCGGGCCGCGGGCGGGGCAGCAGUACAACUACGGGUAUGAUGACGACGACGAGAGGAUGGUGUUGAACCAGCAGCAAGGUCGUGGUGGAAUUGUAGGCGACGGAACAACUCAUGGCUUUUCAUCUUCACUUGCUGGUGCUGGAACAAGUCGUCCUCCUGCCGCUGGUCAAGGAGUACUCUCCCCACCACUCCCACCCCCGCCGCCGAAACGCGGCGUCGCACAUGGACAUGAACGUGGUAUGCGGGACGGGAACGACGUGAACAAUUUCCACGAAGACACUAUGGCUAGAGCCGGUCCUGGUCCUCACCCCUCCGAUCGCCCCCCCACCCGGAUGAAGCAAUUUGCGCAAAUCCCGACCCCGCACACCCCAAUGCUGAGUAAGGAGAACAAAGCGAACAAUGCCAAGCGACACCAGCGGUGCUGCCACGCUUUUCUCGCCAUUUUCCGUGGGUGCGGCCUCGUCUUCAGCUCUUUCAUCGUGGCGUUGGUGCUUCUGGCGGGUGCGUCGCAGUCGAGAUUGUGGAAGGUGAAGAUCAUGGGACCGCUGCGCCACAAAUUCCGGAACUUUUUAAUGGACCACGGGAUCAUCCGGGAGUCGUUCGAAAACUUCGGGUCCACACGGGACAACUACGGGACCUAUUUCGGGGACGAGGAGGCGCUGGACCGAGAACUGUUCCCGCAGAAGUGGCUGGCGAAGGAGAAGGAAAAUUCGAAGGGGACCGCGAAAAAGGGGAAGAAGAAGAAGGGUUCUGCAGCUGGAAGUACUAGCAACGCCGGUGUUGAUGGGGCAACAGCAGCGACCAGUUCCGAAGCGGCUGGAAAAACUACUGGUGGAGCUGCCACUGCCCCCGCAGCUGCUGCUGAGGUCACGGAAGGUGGAAAAACCGCCGCCAAGCCGGGCAAGAACAAAAAGAAAAAGAAGAAAAAGACGGGAACAGCAGCUGGUUCAGAUGAUGGUUCUCAACCCGCUCUUUCGAAAAGCGGGGAUCAAUCCGUGUUGCAGACCAAGGAGCGCAAAACGGCCCGUGUGCAGCGGCAGCAGCGCCGGAAGCGGAAUUACCAGAAGAAGAACAAGAAGAAUUCUGGGGCGCAGGAAACGGUCGGGGAAAGCCGUUCUGGCGGGAAAGUACCAGUGGAAGAAGCUGCUGGGCAAGAAUCUUCGAAAACAAGUGACGAGCAGCUGCAAGACGCCGGCUUCCCUGUGACCGCGCCCCCUCCGCCAACCAUCGCGGGGAAUGACGACACGUUUGGCGGACGAAGACUCACGAAUGAUGGAAGUGGGGACAGAGCCUCGAUGUUGCAAGAACAACAUCAUAGUCCCGCGGUGAAGCAGAAGACGGGAAACAACCCCGAAGGAGAUUUGUCGGUAACUCAGAUCGGUGGGUCGUCGUUUUCGGAGAAAGAGCUGCACGAACGGCCAGGACACGGACAUGGGCGAGGUCGGCCGGAAAUCUUACCGGACAUGGGAGAGGAGGAAAACGGUUCGGCAACUGCUGGCACUCCUGCUGUUCCUCCUCCUCCCGCCGCUCCACAAGCGAAUGUUGAGCCUGCGGCUUUGAAAACCAGCUCUCCGCAACACCCCGACAGCAGCAUCGAACCAGAGUACGAUUUUGUGCAGGAGAGAGAACCGCUGAAGACUUCUACUGAGCUCGGUAGCGGAAGUCGAAAGCAGGAAAACGACGAUCCUUCAACUGUGAUGGAGAUCGGGAAAGCGUUGGACAAAGGUCGUGGAGCCAUCUCACAGUCACACGCUCAUCGGGCGAAGGAGCUGCAAGAACAUCAUUCCCACGACAAAAACACCGAUUUUCUCGCCCCGGAAGAGUUUGAGAAGGGGGAAAAGUCGAAAUCGCGUCGAACUGGCGUUACAACUGUUGAAAAUGGUGCCCCGGCGGCCGGAACGAGUACGGGGUUGGGCGGAAUCGGGGGUUCUGCGAUGGAAAAUGGCUCUGAUUUUUCCGCUACCGCUGGUGCUUCUUCUCGUUCGGGAGCGGUUGGUGCAGUUGGGAGGGCGAGUGAUUCGGCAAGUGGUCCCAACUUCGCGGUCGAUGAGGAAGAGUAUGGAAUGUAGAAUUUAAUUUCCAUAUUCCCUUUUGAAGUUGUCAUCGUUUGUCAUGCGGAAAUUCAAAACCUGUUGCUGUUUCUGAUGCUGUAUGUCCUAGGUAGCAGUGGUAUGCAUGACGAGAUGAAGUUGUGAAGAUCUAUCACAUCUUUCUGGGUCUGAAACUGAAGUGAUGCUUUUUCAACUUCGGGUCCUCCUGUUGUAUCACGACUGACGCAUGACCAAAAAUGACGAGGACACCUGCGGAAGGGAAUCCAUUUUCCAUCGUGAUACCGAAUCGACGUUGAGCGCCAGCAUGCUCGAAAAAUUGGAAGCCGAGCGGCGAAAGGUGAAGUCUGAUGGCGCGCAGGAGGAUGUUGUGCAAAACCCGGGAUUGGAAAACGGAAAAACUGGAAAUGCACAACUGUCAGUGGAGGAAAGCAAGAGCAGUAGUGUGCAACUUGGAAGAACUGAGACCAAGAAGGAGGUUCACGAAGCAAGUGAAACCUCCACGAAAAUAAAGGCGGAGGAAAAGGAGGAGAAAACCGCAUUGAAAGUCGAUCAGAACAAACCGUCCGCGACCGAAGAAGAAGCUGCGGCUGUUCAAGAAGCUCGCAGCGGUUCAGAACCUCCCAGCCCUCAGCUUCCUGAACAAAUGCCCCCCUCUGAAAACAUCGGUUCCACCAGUACGGGCAAUUCCGCCGCCGCCGCCGCCGCGUCGACUUUGCAGGCGGGAGAGCAGAACGAGGAGAAGAAGAACCUGGAGAAGAAUUUUUACAUUGGCGGACAGAAAGAAGCUCAAGUUCCCUUGCCGCCACCGGGGCAGGAUCGGAUUCCGGUCGGCCGGGAGGUGGAUGGGGGAAGGGAGGAUCAACGGUUGGACUCGCGAUUGUCUGGGAGCAGUGGAUCGUCGGCUGGUUCGUCUUACAUGGAGACGAUUUCGGGGGAAAGAAUGGCAGGCUCGGAAAAGGGAGAAUCUGGGGCUGGUGGAAGAGGUGGUGGUCAAGUUGGCGAGGAGGAUGGAAAAGUCGAGGGGGGCAGUGGUUCGAUGGUAGAAGUUGGGAAAGAGAAGGUGACAUCAGCGAGUCAAGGGUUGUGGCUGCAGCAAAAGCAACUGCAAGAGGCACAGCAGGCGCAACAGCUGGCACAACAGCAACCUCAGGGGAAUCCUGCCGGACCCAUCCCCAUUGCAAGUGCAGCGCCCCCGGGGGCGGCCGGGGCCGCGCCGCGGGCAAAUUCUCAGCCGCCGGCGCCGCAGCACCAGCAGCAGCUCCAACAAGGUGCAGCAGCAGCAGCCGCGCACUCAGGACCGCAAGUGGCACCACAGAUGCCGCAGCAUGCAGCACUACCACAGCCUGCCACGGCGGUUCCACCGGCACCGGCUGCAGCUGCGCCACCGGCAUCGGCUGCAGUUCCGCCACCAGCAACGGCUGCAGCUGCGCCACCGACACCGGCUGCAGCUGCGCCACCGACACCGGCUGCAGGUGCGCCGGCCACAUCGGCAGCGACGCCGAAGCAACCUGUAGCGCCGCGAGGGGUAUCGCAGCAACAAGCGGCGGGACCACCACCACCAAAUGAAGGUUCAGAUCAGGCGGAGAAAAUGCGGCAAAUGCAGCAGAAGCAAUUUCAAGUGGCGUCAGAAGUGCACAAGCAGGGACUAAAUCAGGAGGCGCUGCAGACUGAUGUGGAUAAGCUUCAAGACCAGGUGCACAGGGUUCAGCGGGAUCUGAAAGCCCACAAAAAUCAAGAAGGGCCUUCCAUUUCCUUCGCCCAAACGACUGCUUCUUCUCCGACUCCCACCUCCAACGAAGCCGCACCAGCACGACCGGCAACACCAAUCGAACGAGUAUCGGGAGAAAGCGCGGGCGCAGAAUACGGAAAAAGAAGUGCUGACGGGAGAAGCAUUUCUACAUUGGAAGAACGCAAGCUGAGUGAAUUGCAGACGAGGUCCGGCGAUCGGCGGCUGGCCGGUCAGGAGCGGGUUGGGGGACAGGAGAGUGCUGGUGGUUUCAGCUCGCAGGAUGUAUCCUCCACCAGGAGCAGUUCUUCGUCUUCUUACAUGGAAACUAUUUCAGGGGAGAAGAUCGUCCGUGCGGCGGAUGAGGGAAAAAAAGAGGGUGACGGAGGGAGGCGUCGAGCAGAGAAGAUAGAUGGAAACGGUGAGCGGGGCGGCGCCCGCUCGGUGCUGGAAUUUGGACGAGAAUUGGCGGGGGAAAAAAGUGGUGGAAAGCCUGCACUGACAGUCACAGAGGCAGCGAACGGUCUAGGAAAAGCGGCAGCGGCAGUACAAAGCGAUCCAGCUCUAUCGGCGGUGGUCGGCCUUACUCCUGUGGGGCCACUCGUGAACGGCAUUGCUGCGGCACAAAAAGUUAGCGAAGCAAUGGGAGAACAAGAUCAAGGAACGGGAGCAGCAGCACCAGUAGCUCCAGGAGCUCCGGUUGCUCCGGUAACUCCAGUAGCUGCAGGAGCUCCAGCGCAACAGGCAUCUUCCGCAGCUCCGGGAGCUCCAACAGCACAAGCAGCUUCAGGAGCUUCAACAGCACAAGCAGCUCCAGAAUCUCCAACAGCACAAGCAGCUGCAGGAGCUCCUGCAGCACAAGCACCUCCAGUGGCUCCAGCAGCACAAGCAGCUCCAGUGGCUCCAGCAGCGCAAGCAGCUCAAGUGCAGCAGCAGCAAAUGCAGCCACAACUUCCGCAGCAACCAACGCAGCAGCAACAGCCGCAAUCGCCGGCCUAGGAGUAAACGCUCCAGCAGCUGCCACCAUCGGAGCAGUAACAGGCGGCUACCAGGGCCGGUUGUUUUUUUCUUUUUCAUAGCUUUGAUUUUGAUUAGCUCUCUGAAACGAGGUAACCAGGAGUAAAUCUAGAAGUAGAGUCAUUUUUUCUUCAGCGAGUUUUUUUUUUGACUUUUUUGUUUUUCGAUGAGGUUGAUCUACGUCUUUUACUUUUUUCUUUUUGUUUCAAUAAUGCCUAAGUAAGAAUUCCAAGUUCAUUUGCAAGAACCUUGCAACCCCCCCCCCCCCACUAGAAGAAACUCCACUAGUUUUCUUUGCUGAUAAUUGUAGCUUUAUGUUUUUGUCGCACCGCCCCUCUGAUUGUUCU